GAGACAGAGACAGCGGCGGCAGCCCACUUCCCAGCGAGGACUAAACUUCUGGCGAGAAAUUUGGUGAGAUAGGGGGAGAAAAACGAGGGUGCGGCAGAACAAAAGGCAAACGGACUUUUAUUCUAAGGGUGUUAUUUUUGAACACGGGAAGCAAACAAAUCAAAUAAAUGGAAGUCAUUAGAGAUGAGAUCGGACAGAUGUGAUGUGCGAGGAUGAAAUGCACGCGAGCUGAUAGAAAAUACGGGAAAAAAUCCCUCGUGCACUUGUGAUGUAAAGUCAGUGUCGAAUCAUUUAUUUAAAAAAAAAAAAAGACUCAUCCAGCCAUGACGAAAGACAAACAGACAGACAAAAGAAAGUCGAGGCGAGGGUCGCCUCCUCCAUGUGCUCCCUCCUUGUAGGUGUGACAGAAACAACAAAGGGACGUGGAAAAAACUCGCAUCAGGACCACAGGCGGACAACAGCCCAGACAGAUCGCAGAGCACAAUAGCGAGAGGGGGGCUCGCAAACAAGGGCAUGUCUGCAGGUUUUGCAAUAUGCAGCAGUCUUCAUGUAAUUACAUUCCUCCUGGCGUCUCUCGGCUGCAACAGUCGGGAGUGUUUUUCUUCUGUCAGUCCUGGCAGAUCUUCACCAAACACGCGCAUUUAGACACGAAGCCGACGCUCACCUCCAGGCUGACGGAGCAAGUGUUGAGACAUUUUAAUGGGGAGACGCGGGAGACGAGCGCUGGCCAGAAUUAACUGAGAGGGAGAGAGAGAGAGAGAGAGAGAGCAGCGGAGAGGUGGGAGCCGAGAAGUGGACGUCGAGGCGAAAAGGAGACCUGAAUUCCAGAGGUGAAUGUCUUUCAAAGGGCCCUCUCCAUGGAUAUAGACACAGACUAUGAGCGGCCCAAUGUGGAAACCAUUAAAUGUGUGGUGGUAGGGGAUAAUGCAGUAGGCAAGACCAGGCUAAUCUGUGCCCGGGCCUGCAAUGCCACCCUCACACAGUAUCAGCUGCUUGCCACCCACGUGCCAACCGUCUGGGCCAUCGACCAGUACCGUGUAUGCCAGGAGGUGUUAGAGAGAUCUCGUGAUGUCGUGGAUGAGGUCAGUGUGUCCCUGAGGCUGUGGGACACAUUCGGGGAUCAUCACAAAGACAGACGGUUUGCCUAUGGCAGGUCUGACGUAGUGGUGCUUUGCUUCUCCCUGGCUAAUCCCAAUUCCCUGCGCCACGUACGCACCAUGUGGUUCCCGGAGAUCAAGCACUUUUGUCCCCGGACACCCAUCAUUCUGGUUGGCUGCCAGCUGGAUCUGCGCUACGCCGACCUGGAUGCAGUUAACCGUGCACGACGACCACUAGCCAAACCAAUCAAACCCACAGAUAUCCUUCCGCCAGAGAGAGGCCACGAGGUGGCGAAGGAGCUUGGGAUUCCCUACUAUGAGACCAGCAUCGUUGCCCAGUUUGGAGUCAAAGAUGUUUUUGACAAUGCCAUCCGAGCCGCCCUCAUCUCCCGUCGUCACCUGCAGUUCUGGAAGUCUCACCUGAAAAAGGUCCAGAGGCCCCUUCUCCAGGCGCCCUUCCUGCCUCCUCGCCCGCCUCGCCCCAUUGUGGGCAUCCCAGACCCCCCGCCCACUGACGGCGAGGGCCCUGACUCCCUUUUCUGCCAGCCACUAUGUGCAGAUGUCCUUUUCCUUCUGCAGGGCGGUGCCACUCGAGUCUUUGCACACAAAGUAUAUCUUGCUACUUCCUGCUCCAAGUUCUACGACCUCUUCACCCUUGAUCUUGGUGGAUCACUUCUGGGCCCACGGGGGGAGGAACAAGAGAGCAAGGAAAACUUGGAGAGCGGGGAGGAAGAUGAGCAGAGCAGGAGAGGAGCCAAGGAGCAAGCUGGGCGCACUAAGAGCCUGGACAUUGAUAAAGACGGGGUUGAUGGAGGAGUGCGGGGCCUGAAUCGACCCCAGCUGCUCCAGCAGGGCUCUUUGAGGACUUCCCAGAGUGAUAAUGCACUCCCUUCUCGAGCCCUGUACUCCCUGGGUGCACUAGGGACUGGUCGAGCACUUUCAGGAUGGGGAAGGGGGUUCCUGAGUGUCUGCCUGGAGCAUGUUGAUGAUCCCAUGACUGGACGACCACGACUCAUGACUGUUGUAGCCAUGGAUGCGCUUAUACAGGAAGAGCCAUUCAAGGCGGUGCUUCAGUACCUGUACACAGGCAGUCUGGACGAGGGCCGAGGGGAUCUGAUGCAGGUGGCAACCAUCGCAGAGCUGCUGGAGGUGUUUGACCUGCGGAUGAUGGUGGCCAAUGUUCUCAACAGAGAGAGCUUCAUGAACCAGGAGAUCACCAAGGCCUUUCACGUCCGCAGAGCCAACCGCAUCAAGGAGUGUCUCAAUAAAGGGACUUUUGCUGAUGUGGUGUUCCGUCUGGACGAUGGCUGCCUCCCGGCCCACAAGCCCCUGCUCAUCUCCAGCUGCAACUGGAUGGCUGCCAUGUUCCGUGGCUCUUUCAUGGAAAGCUACAUUGAAGAGGUACCCAUUCCUAACACCAGUGCAGCCUGUAUGCACGGAGUCUUGGAGUUCCUGUACUGCGGCUUGCUGACGCCCUGUCCUGGUCUGGAGCCCAUAGAACUAAUUGUUCUGGCCAACCGUCUCUGUUUGCCGCGCCUUGUCGCAAUCACAGAGCAGCACGCUGUGGACGAGCUUCUCCAGCUGGCGGUGAAGGGGGGUGACAUUGAUGGCCAGGUGUUGGCUUACCUCGAGCUUGCACAGUUCCACAAUGCCAAGCAACUAUCAGCUUGGUGCCUCCAUCACAUCUGCACUAAUUAUAACAGCAUCUGCCGCAAGUUUCCCAAAGACAUGAAGGCCAUGUCUCCAGAAAACCAGAGGCACUUUGAGAAGCAGCGUUGGCCUCCUGUGUGGUUCCUGAAGGAGGAGGACCGCUACCUGCGCUCUCAGAAGGAGCGCGAGCGUGAGGAGGAGAUCUUGCGCAAGCAACACACCAAACGGGGCUGGUGUUUCUGGAGACACCCGUCCUCCUCUCCCCACGUCUCCUAAGGGGUCUCCUCCACUGACUUCUUCAUCCUCACCUGGGUCGUCCCACCCAGGAAAGCUAACCCCCCUGUAACGUAUAUAGAGGCGGUCGUCUUUGAACCCUCUAUCAGUGGAGAAAUGGCUCUCAGUGCUUCUAUGCCUGAAUGUCGGCAUGUUUGGGGGAAUGUAUGUGCCUCUUUAUAACUGUAGGUGACUUCAUGAGUGCUUUUUGGAAUGCUUGUGUGGCAAGUGUAGACUUAACUGAAGGGUAUGUGCGUGGAUGCGUGGGUGUAUGUUUGAGGUUAUUACGAUUGAGUGAUGCUUCCGAGUUGAGUGCUUCCCAGACGCCCUGAUCUAUAAGGGCCCACGGCGUUGCAGUGCAGCCCCUUGUCUCCUCCACAAGAGCUCUGUCCCUCCACCAGCACUCACAGAGUCCCAGCCUUUGAGUGAUUGGACUGGGAGCAAGGGCUCUCUAUCUCUCUCAGUCUCCAUCCUUCACAUUGACCUUAAUGACUAUUACACACUGACCACCGCGGCUCCUCUCGUGGAGCUUACCUCUGCCUUCACUUCUACGCAGACUGUUAGCUUGCACACACAGACCCGUGCGAAAUGCCCACCCCUCUAAAACCAGCACUGGAUUCCCAGGAACUGACACUUAACAAUGUAAUUAUUAUUAUUUUGAUAUUAUUUGACCUUUUUAUAUAUUCUCCGCACCUUCUAUGACACUCUUAUCAGGGUUCAGGGCGCACACUACUCCCAGGAAGUGUUGAGGACCAUGAUUGUCAUUGGAGCCGCAGAGACGGGAUGUUAUUCACAGGUUUGAGUGUAAGGGCGAACCUCAAAACCGUUUAUGAAUUAGGAUGCCCGAGUCAGGAGGCUUGAUCACAGCUAUUAGCCUUCAGUCUAAUACUGGUGUGGUCCUCGUGUCCAUAAUCCACCGCUGCACCUCCCACCCCCGCCUCCUGCACACCACACUUGCAAAAAAAAGCAAAAAGAGUUGGAUUCACCAAACUGCACCUCAGAGACAUUCAAAGUGACCACUCGAUAGCAACAGUGGGGGUAGAGAGGGCUAGCCUUACUUGAUACCUCUGCCAUGGAGGAAUGAUGGAUACAGUAUUAAACAAAUCCGCUUGUAACGUCCAUGACCACUAGGUUGCGUGGAAGCGCCUCAGCCAGCCUGCCUUUACACCCCUACACCACUAGGGGCAGCACUGCUCAGGGCCCCGGCACUAACCCUCACACGAACAGGAGUUUUUAAUCCCUGUGAUUCCUUCACUCUACUUUCAAAUAUUAAGCUCGUCAGUAUAACUCAAAUCCUUGCAAAGUGUUAAAAGAAAGCUAAAGCACAUUCACAGUGUUAUUAGUGCAUUUUAAAACCCUGAUUUUCACCUAAUUCUGAAUACCAAAGCUGUGAUUCUUUUGAUCUCUUGCUUCCUCACUUUCUUCGUUCCUGGCUCCCUGCUUCCUUCAGUGGCGAGAGGGGAUGGAGGAGAAAGUGGCUUUUAAGGAGAAGGAGGCAGCGUAAUAACCGAAUCCCUCCUCGUUUCAGUCCGUGGUGUCAGGAGAAAAGUGUCCCUGCUGGACAUUGCCUUCCAUUCCUCUUGCUGGAAUUGAAAAUGGUGCUGAAGACACAAUAAGACAGUGUCCGCAUGAACACACAGACACAUGCGAUUUUAUGUUCACAGUUUAAGUCUAGUUAUUUAGUCUUUACCUGUGAUGAAUGUGCAGAAAUGCAAUUAUGGUAUUCAAAUUUUGACACUUUUUUUCUUCUCCAUAUGCUAACAGUCUGUAAGAGGUCAUAAUAGGUCAGUGCUUUCAGAAUGUGUAGAUUUCAGAUUUUACAUACAGUGGUUACAAGCUUGUAAUGUCUUUUGCCGCUUUUGUAUUCAAAAACAGUGGGAUCUGUUUCGCUUCCUCGUUAACCAGGAAAAUAAUAUAACUUUAGAUUGAAUUUGCGGUUGUGAGUGUUGUCUCAAAUGGCAAACGGCUUGAUGUAUAACUGCAUAUGAGAGCAAAUCUGAUUUUCUCGUAAAGGGUGCUAAUUUCUUUGGGCUUUAGGGCCGAAUGUGAAAACGAGACUUUGUGGUGAUGACUUUCUAUUAGCACGUUGUUCUAUUUGUGGGUUUGCGCCCCUCAGCUUUGCCCAGGCAACUGCAGGAGAUCGACAGAUUGUGUGAAACAUGUGGUGCGUUCUGCCGUUGUCCACGGGAGGCGUGUUAAAAUCAUUGUCAGCCACCGAAAUAGAAGUCAGAUAGGAUCUCACGAGACCCGAGUGAGAAUUGAACUGAAUCCUCUCUGAAAAGAGUGAAAGUGGUGUAAAAGUGAACAAGUCUCAGUCAGCAUUACAUGCAACCUACAUAUUUUGGAAUUUCUCCAUGGAUAUUUAAACCAUCCCAGUGCAGCGCUUUGGGAGUUUAGAAAUGAGACCUAAAGAGGAGACGGUUGGGGGACAGUUUUUGAUGGACUUCCAUGGCCUCUUUUUAGUUCCCCAUAGAAGGGAUGGCUGUUAGAUUUGUCUUAUUAAUGGUUGGUAUGACCCAUUAAGCCUCUUCUCUUGGUCCAUGUGCCUUAUAGUUGGACAAAACUAAAAAUUAGUUGGGAUUUUGGCAACAUCAAACCGGCGGACAGGUUCUGCCGUGGUUGACAUGAUGGACACAGUAGACAAUGGCCACGAUAAUGUGAGAACUGCAAAAUGGAUUAUGGUGUUGCUUUAUGCACCCUCAGCCAUUACCCAUCUGGAGGGGAUUUCUGAGCCAACUCGAGCCAUGCCUGUGGAGAACCUUUAGGCCUACUGCUCGUUUUUAUGCAGACAAAUGGCCUUAAAUUAAUCUCUUGGUAGAGUGUAGUACAGUAUAGGUUGGUCUAAUCAUAUGGCCUUGCAUUAGUAGUUUUUUUAGACUGGUGAUUAUUUGGAUUUAGGACUCACAUUGUGGUCGGAAAUCUCCACUGACUAGGUGAUUGAGACGUAGGAAUAAAAAUGACAGGUUGAUUCCUGUAGUGUAACUUCAAAACCACUGACUUUGAUAAAGCAAAGCUUUUUAAUGAGCACUGGCUGGCCUGUGUGCUGGGAGGGUGCAACCACUUUUAGAAUGUGGUUGAUUUGCAUGGUGGCCUAACUUGGUCAUUAUAAUGACACUUGGUAUUGGAAUGCACUUUCUUCUUCUUCUUCUUCUUUUUGUCUAUGACUGUACCUUUCUGUGCUUAGCAUGAAUUAUUCCUUAAGUAAUAUUGUUUUUAAACAUGAUGAUUGUAGCACGAUAUUUCCACUUAAGUCUUUCGAAAUUUCCCACAUCUUAGUGAGGAGCUGGGUAACGUGACUUAUCCAGCUUAUUGUUUAAGGUCUAGUAGGCACUGAAUCCCCACAGUAGCUCUCUUCUUGCUAUGUGGCUUUAUGCACAACUCAGUUUAACUUAAUUAGCUCAGCACAGCCUAUGGUAGCAUCACUAAACAUACAACUUUAAAUAAUCUGCUGGGACGUUCUACAGAGAGUUUCUUGGAAAACAAAUGCAGAGGAUCUGUUGCUGCUGUGCAGUGUUACAGCUUUCCCUUUUGUGCUUCUACUGUAGUUAAUACAAUCUAUCAUGCUUAUUCUUGCUAUUUUAAGAUAUUGGGUUGGGGGCAUAAAACUAAAAAGCAUAAAAAGCAAACUGAAAUCAAGUAUUGUAAUGCACAUAUUUUAAGAAUGUCCUAAAUGGCUGAAAGCCAAGUGCAAUGUUUGGGUUUAGCCUGCAUGUAAUGACAGAGGAAUUGGGUAAAGCAUGAUGCAUGUUUUGGAGUCUGACAUAGGCUACUGUAUAUAUAGCAGAGUUUCUUAACCUUGGGUUCGGGGCCCUAUCUGGGGUCACUUGGUAAUAGGAAAUGUCUAAAACUUAAAUAAUAAUAACGUAAAAAAAAUAAAUACUGUAGGUUUGAAAUAUAUGUCAUAAUCGCUAAAAUCUUUAUUUGUAUAUUUGGAUGCCACCAGUUCACGAUAACUUGAUUAUUGUUCAAUAACUGGGGUGUAAAUUGAGAAUUGUGGGAAAUAUAAAUGGGCCAAAAAAGGUUGAGAAACCCUGAUAUACAGAGAGGGAGAGAUGAAGAUGCUAAAUUUUGAAAGUUGUUAGCUUUAUUCAACCCUCAAUAUUUGCUCCACACUGACCCCUACUGGCCAAAGUUCCAUUCAUUUGCAUUGUCUUCUUUGAUCGUAUCACCUUUUCACAGUCACAUUGUACUCUUUUCCUCCUUCUGAGCAGGCCUGACCCUCCUUUUUUAGAUGUGAGGCCUAGUGACUGAGAGAACACCUCGCUUUUGGUCGUCUUGGGUGUCUCCUCUCCUGUGCCUUCAGUGAAAUCUCACUCUUUUAAUUAUGUACAGGCUGACAGCGCUGCACCUGCAGCCUUCUGGGCUCAAAAUAAAGUUGAUCAAGCCAAGAAAUACACACGUUUGAGCACAGAAAGAAAAGUAGGCAGCUUUCUUUAAUGCACAGCAGCUUAGCAUAUAGCUACUGGCUAUUGGGGUCAUAGUGAUAACUUCCAAUGCUAACACAGAUAUGGAGCUUUACAGUUUUAGUAUGUCAUAACAUCUGUGCUAAAGCUACGCAACAGACAAAUUGUGAAAUGACCAAGAAACCCAGCAAACCAGCAGUUUAAAAAUGUUUUCGCACUCUUUCAGGUGCCUGCACUUUCUACUAUGUAGCCUAAUAUGACUUUUUUGAUAAGUGUGCUAAGUCUUUAUAUUUGCCAGUUUUCUUGAUCAAAAUGAAAAUAUCUUCUUACUUUUCCACUUUCUCGUGCUCUCUUUCUCUCUCAUUCAAGAGUUUGCCCUGUUGCUUCCACUAUUUAGCUGAAAUUGUCUGUGUUGCAAUCAUGCAUAACGUCAGUGUAUUGUAAGUUGGGGAACAGCAUCUGUGAACUACUGGUUGGAUUAAAGGCAGAUAUUAGCUGUGACAGCUAUGUAUACACUAUAAUAUGCUUUAAUGAAGAUAGUUGUUAUCCAAAGUACAGUACAGUGUUGUAAAUUUGAUGAGUCCCAGCUGGAAUUAACCUCUCACCUUAUAACUGCUCACCGCACUGUAUCUAUGAGCUAAGCAGGUGUAUACAUACAGUAGGAUGGUAUGCACAUGGAGACCCAGGACAGGGAGAGUGUUUCUAUAGACAGACAUGGUGUGAUUAACCCCUGGUCUAUACUGUAUUAUUUUUCAGUGGAUCGUAUAUACUGUAUAGUAUUGUUAUGCACUUUUGUUUCCAUUGACUCAUAUGAGUUUUAUUAACAUUUACGGCUCAUGUCAUUUGUGUGUGUUACAAUAAAAGGCAAAAGAAAGAGCACACCACACUCACAAACUAUUAAGGGCUUUCAAGAAAAUAUACAACAAUCAGAAUGUUUUGCUGUUUUUGCAAAAAAAAAAAUGUUUUGAAACGAAACAUUUGUAAUAUUUUUGAACUACUGUGAUUUGUACAAAAUUUAAAAAAACAAAAGUAGAUUUUUUUUCCUUUAUUUGCCAUUUCAGUAUUUUGAUGUUUGACAUGGAUUUUAUUAAAACUGUUAAUCUUU